AUGUCCCAAGAACAUGAUUUAGAUGACAUAGCAGAAUAACAAUUGGCCGAAUAAACUGCUCUGAGUUAAAUACCUUCAAUCCCAGAUCAGGCCUUACCAACUCGACAAUAUUUGGAGAAAGCAGUUAUCGAUCAACUUCAUGAUGCAUUAAAGGCAUUAGCAAGGGAAAGACCCAAAAAUCCAAUUGAAUUUUUUUCAUAUUAUUUGCUGACUCAACAUUGCAACAAAAAGAAAGAAUUACAAGAAUAAUGA